GAGGUCUUGGCUGUCUGACUGACUGACUGACUGUCCUAGCAUCAUGGCCUCAGCUCCCUCUGACAACAGGAGUGCCACUAUCUCCUCUCCUGAAGUUUGCAGCUGGAAUCCAGAGAAUGCACAGUUCCCAGAACAGUUUGCUUGGGAUGCAGCAACAGCAGCAUACCAAAUUGAAGGAGGCUGGGAUGCAGAUGGAAAAGGCCCCAGUGUUUGGGACACAUUCACCCAUCAGGGAGGAGAUCGGGUUUUCAAGAACCAGACUGGUGAUGUAGCUUGUGGCAGCUAUACUCUGUGGGAGGAAGAUUUGAAAUGUAUCAAACAGCUUGGAUUGACUCAUUAUCGCUUCUCUCUUUCCUGGUCACGUCUGUUACCUGAUGGGACGACAGGUUUCAUCAACCAGAAAGGAGUUGAUUAUUAUGAGAAAGUGAUUGACAGCCUGCUAACAAAUGGUGUGACACCUGUGGUGACACUGUAUCACUUUGAUCUUCCUCAGUAAGAUCAGGUGGGCUGAAGUUCAGGUGCCACAGCAGAAGCCUUUGAUGCUUAUGCCGAACUUUGCUUCAGAACAUUUGAGGACAGAGUGAAGCUAUGGAUCACCAUGAAUGAACCAUAUGUUGUUGCUGUGUUUGGCUAUGAGAAGGGUAUUAUGGCCCCAGGUGUUACAGAGCCUGGUACUGGAGCAUACCUGGCAGCACAUAACCUGAUCAAAGCUCAUGCUGCUGCCUGGCACAGUUAUGAUAGACUGUUCCAGGAAAAGCAGGGUGGGCGUUCCGUAGCAUUAAAUUCAGAUUGGGCGGAGCCCUUCAAUCCAAAUUCCCAUGCUGUCCAGGAAGCUGCUAAGAGGCACAUGUCAUUUUGCCUGGACUGGUUUGCCACUCCAAUCUUUCUUGAUGGUGACUAUCCCGCUUUCAUGAAAUCCAAGAUAUCAGCUGCAUGUAAACAACAAGGUUCUCCAUCCUCAAGGCUUCCAGAAUUUACCAGCGAAGAGAAGAUGAUCAAAGGCACCACAGAUAUUUUUUCUUUAAAUUAUUAUACAACAUGCAAAAUUAAGCAUCAAGAUAAUUUGUAUGGUCAACCAAGUAUGUCAGCAGACAAAGAAGCAGAGCAGGUCAUAGAUUCAUCCUGGCCUGUUGCACCUGGCAGUCCUUGGCUUCCGGCUCCAUGGGGUUCACAUCGGCUAUUCAAAUACAUUAAGGAUACAUAUAAUCACCCUAUAAUUUACAUCACUGAGAAUAGGUUCUCCCAAAGUGACCCUGCUCCACUCGAUGGUGCUCAGCGUUGGGAGUAUUUCAGGCUGACUUUACAGGAGAUUUUAAAAGCAAUUUACAUUGAUGGUGUCCAACUGAAAGGUUACUUUGUAUGGUCCCUUCUGGACAACUUUGAAUGGACAUGUGGAUACAGUUCUUGAUUUGGUCUCUUUCAUGUAGACUUCGAAAAUUCAGCACUUCCACGACUUCCUUACAAAUCAGCAAUCCACUAUGCCAAAGUCAUUGCCAAGUCCUCAUGUAGUUCACCAUAUGAACCCGACUCGGAUUCGGGGAACUCCCAACAAAUCUCUACCUCUCCUGACACCAUUAUCUCUACCCAAAGUCCUGGGUCUCUGGGCGACUCCCAAGGUCGUCUCUCUGAGCUACUCACACGGAUGACCAAAUCACUGGAGAUCGACAUCCAACAGCGCAUCAGUGCUAAUCAGGACAAUAUUUACGAUGUUUGUAAAGAAGACUCAUCAGCCAUCGCCUUGCUAUUUAUCACCACCCUUUGGCAGGCGAUGAUCAACAUUUGGCAGCUUCUGAACCACCCACAUACCACCUCGAGUCAUCUAGAGACAAUGUACAAGGUUCAUGACAUCCCGUUCCUUCUAAAACAUCCUCAGCCAAACUCAAUCGUCAUCGAGACCUCACAGGGAAGAGAAACUAAAGAACACUCUACUCUUGCUGAUAAGGAGAGUUGCAAGAUUUACAUGAUGUCUCGCUGGAUCUAUGCCGGAAUGGGACUCAGUCUUCAUAUCUCCAAUUAUGAGGCCACAAUGGCCCGUUAUCAAUAUUUUUUUAUGGCAGAAGAUCGAGUCCCUCACUCCAUUCCUCCUGGACCAGCAAAGAGAACUGGCCCACUUAUCAUCAGGGAGGCAUUGUAG